AUCGAUAGCGAAUCAUUCCACAAGGCCUCUUCAACCUUUCUCUUUGAAAAUCCUCAUCGAUUUCAGUCUCGAGUUCCUCCAACAUUUCCAAUUCAAACUCGAAAUCCCAGAUUAUUCAAACUCGAAAUCCAGAUUUGUAUAUAUGAAAAUUUUCCUGCUUUAUUGAUACACCGGUAGAAGAAGAGGAAGAGGAAGAGAAUGGAUACGAUGAGAUUGCGGUGGGGGUUGGUGGUGGAUGGUGUGGCACGGAGAGGAAUGGCGUAUACACUAUUUAUACUUCAUUUUGUGUUUGUUUGCCAGCUCUUACUUCUUCGACCUCUUGUUUCUGCUUCAGAUGGUAAAAGUGGAAAUGUUGCAGAGUUAUUUGAAAAGAUGGAGCGCAGUGUAAAGUUUAAGCGUUAUAGCGAGGCCCUUGAUGAUCUUAAUGCAGCCAUUGAGGUAGAUCCAACACUAUCAGAAGCAUAUUUUCGUCGAGCUUCUAUUCUUCGUCAGCUAUGCAGAUAUGAAGAAUCGGAAAAGAGCUAUACCAAAUUUCUGGAGCUAAAACCAAGGCAUAAAACAGCAGAAAAGGAGCUUUCUCAAUUACUUCAGGCUCAGAGUGCUUUAGAUACAGCUUUUACUCUAUUUGAUUCAGGCGAUUAUGCAAAAUCUCUGGAAUUUGUUGAUAAAGUUGUACUUGUUUUUUCCCCAGCCUGCUCAAAGGCUAAACUCCUAAAAGUUAGAUUGUUGCUAGCAGUUAAAGACUAUUCUGCUGCCAUCUCUGAAACAGGUUAUAUUCUCAAGGAAGAUGAAACUAAUCUAGAGGCAUUCUUUCUCCGUGGCCGCGCCUACUACUAUUUAGCGGAUCAUGAUGUUGCUUCAAAGCAUUUCCAAAAAGGUCUUCGUCUCGAUCCAGAACACAGUGAGCUGAAGAAAGCAUAUUUUGGAUUAAAAAAUUUACUCAAGAAGACUAAAAGUGCAGAAGAUAAUGUAAAUAAGGGCAAGCUGCGUGUUGCAGUAGAGGACUAUAAAGCAGCUCUUUCAUUGGACCCUGAUCAUCUUGCAUAUAAUGUUCACCUCCAUCUAGGCUUGUGUAAGGUAUUGGUCAAGCUUGGUAGGGGCAAAGAUGCUUUGACUAGCUGCACUGAAGCACUUAACAUUGAUGGGGAUCUACUUGAAGCUUUAGUGCAGAGGGGUGAAGCUAAACUCUUAAUAGAGGACUGGGAAGGAGCUGUUCAAGAUCUCAAAUCAGCAGCUGAGAAAUCACCUCAGGAUGUGAAUAUACGGGAAACAUUAAUGCGAGCAGAGAAAGCCUUAAAGAUGAGCAAACGGCAAGAUUGGUACAAGAUUUUGGGAGUAUCAAAGACUGCCUCUGUAUCUGAGAUCAAGCGUGCCUAUAAAAAACUUGCUUUGCAAUGGCACCCAGAUAAGAAUGUUGAUAAUAGAGAAGAAGCAGAAGCCAAGUUCCAAAAAGUUGCUGCUGCAUAUGAGGUUCUUAGUGAUGAAGAUAAGCGUGCAAGAUAUGAUAGAGGAGAAGACUUAGAAGAAAUGGGAAUGGGUGGUGGAGGUGGUGGUUUCAACCCCUUUGGUGGUGGAGGGCAACAAUUCACAUUUCAGUUUGAAGGAGGCUUUCCAGGGGGCUUUGGAGGAUUUGAUGGUGGUUUUCCUGGUGGUUUUCAGUUCCAUUUUUGAUAUCAGUGAAGCAAGAGGUUAUUUCUCAUGAUGCUGUCCUAACACCAAUUUGACUAACACUAACAGGUAUACCUCAGGCAUUAAAGGAGGCUUGUUUGAUGAUUGAUGUAUUGGUAAACAAAGUUUUGCUCCCAGGAUGUUUAAAAUUCUGGAAUUUGUAUUUGAUUGAUUAAGGAAAAAUUGAUGAGAUAACUCAUUUAUAUCAUGCAACUUGUUCCAUCUUUA